AUGGCUGAUACUCGAGCAAAACUUCAAGCCCUGUCCGAGGAAUAUCAGAAGCUCCAACAAGACCUUCAGGACAUAGUUGAUUCGCGGCAAAAGCUGCAAAGCCAACAGCAGGAGAACGCUGGCGUCUACAAGGAGUUCCAAAACUUGGGUGAGGACGAGACUAUCUACAAGCUCAUGGGGCCGGUGCUCUUGAAACAAGACAAGGUAGAGGCGGAGAGCACUGUCAAGGGACGACUCGAUUUCAUUGCAGGAGAAAUCACAAGAUUAGAGGGCCAGAUUAAGGAGCAUCAGGAGAAGCUCGACAGGAAGAAGACGGAGAUUAUCCAAACGCAAGCUUCAGCUCAAGCUCCAGGAGGUGGCAAAGCGCCCCAGCAGACCCAAUAG